GCGCCGCGGUGGGGCGGAGGGCCCCGGCAGCCUCGGGAUUGUACCCAGUGCUGCUGUCUUUCUCCGCCGGAGUCCGAGCACGCCAUGGCCCAGCUCCUGCGCCUGCCGCUGCUCCUGCUGGCCGCCCUGGCCGUGACCCUGGCCAUGGCCUCUAGCAACCAGAUGGGCAUGGUGGGCGGCUUCUCGGAUGCUGACCCCCAGGAGAAGGGCGUCCAGCGCGCUCUGGCCUACGCCAUCAGCGAGUACAACAAGGCGAGCAACGACGCGUUCCACAGCCGCGCCCUGCGCGUGGUGCGCGCCCGCAAGCAGGUCGUGGCUGGGAUGAACUACCUCUUGGACGUGGAGCUAGGCCGGACCACGUGUACCAAGGCUCAGCCCUACCUGGCCGACUGUCCCUUCCAUGACCAGCCGCACCUGAAGAAAGUGCUCUGCUCCUUCCAGAUCUACUCCAUCCCCUGGAUGAACAAAAUCUCUCUGACCCACUCCAACUGCGAGAGUGCCUAGAGGUCUGCGCCAGACCCUGCCGACUGCCUCCCACUUCUGUCCUGAUAGUACCUCAACCCCUGACUUGGUGGCCCUGGCCCUGGUGGCCGUCUCGGUGUGCCAGCAUUGGGAGACACAGAGAAGGUCUCGCAGGGCCCUUUGGGGAGCUGAGUGGCUCCAGCCCUCGUCCUGUGGUUGCUUCAGUAGGCCAGCACGUGGUGCGCGUACUGCUCCUCCUUACUCAAUAAACGGUUGUCAGCUCCCUCUCAA